GGGUUUUUUACGCGCACGAGCUCAUUCUAGCUUUCGUCUUAUUUACGGUCGCACGUAGUAGCACACGCAUACACAGAGCUCAGUUCCCCGAUUAAGAGUCUCUAGAAACACCACAGAUAGAGUAAGCCCACUGAAAGACAGAGAUCGUACUAAAGAUUAGACACAACACUGAUUAGUCCAUACAGUCGCUUUACCCGUGUUUAUGGUCUUUGCGUCCCUUCUCAGGGAUAACUGCGGGAAAUUACUGAUAACCGUGAACGGCAAGGGAAUAUAAUUUGGCCACUACUCAGGCUGAUUGGUGAUAAUAGAACAAAUAGAUUGCAGUGCGAAAAUAUAUUUGCAAAUAUAACGAACAGUGAAUCAGUGGGCAGAUUUUCGACGGAGAAGACACCACCUUUUUCCUGCAUGGCGGCCCAGACUCCUACUUCGUGGAUAACAUCUCUCGUGUUCCCUUCGCUUGAGGUGAUGAAGACCCCGCAGCCUCACGUAGGACCUCAGCACCCCCCUUUGGCCAACGGGCUCGUCAACGGCACCCUCAGGCACGAAAACGAGGAGAACGGCGUUCCCAACGUCAUCCUCAACGGGCACGAUCCUAAUCUGCAGAAUAACGAAGUUGGGGAUCCCGCGAGGAAUAUUCCGUUUUCUUUCCCGCCUUUGGUGAUUACUGCUAACCCGCCCAGCGCCGACCCCGCCAUAGCCGUCCGCCCCGAAGACUCAAAGAACUUGGAGAACUGCAUGAUAAAGCAUGAGUCGACGCUCGGCCACGACCGCAAGAACCUCCUCAAUGUGGACAACAACGCUGACUCGAACAGAGCCAACGGAUCGAGGCGGAUUCGGUACCUCAGCCAGAGCGAUGACACACACGAUUACCUUUUUGGUGUUCCAGAGCCCCUGGAAGCCAUGAUGGAAGUGAGGGAGAAGGGAGAAGAUGAGGAGAUGGAACUCAUGAGCAAGAAGCUUGGAGAUAUGUCGAC